AUAACCACAGAAGGAUAUCUGCCUCUGACUCAGUGUGUCACAUUUAACGAGAGGCCAGAGCUUGUCCAAAAUGGCUGUCCAAAAACGACCCCACGUUUGCCUUAGAAGAUGAUGCCUUUCUCAGGGACGGUUUUCUCUCUCAUAUCUUACUUGCUCCCUGUCUGCCUGUGUCCCUGAUCAUGCCUUCCUGCAGUAUCCUUUAACGAUUUGUCAGCCAGACUGCUGAAAGCGUAACUAUCCAGGAUGCCCGUACCGCCCCCUCCAGCACCCCCGCCACCGCCCACGUUUUCUCUGGCCAAUACAGAAAAGCCUACCUUGAGUAAGUCAGAGCAGGCUGGAAGAAAUGCUCUUCUCUCUGACAUCAACAAAGGGAAGAAACUAAAGAAGACAGUCACCAAUGACAGAAGUGCACCGAUAUUGGACAAACCUAAAGGAGCUGGUGGUGGUGGCGGAGGCGGCAGUGGGAGUUUUGGAGGGGGUGGACCACCCGGUUUGGGAGGACUGUUCCAGGCUGGGAUGCCAAAGCUGAGAUCCACAGCCAACAGGGAGAGUGAUUCUGGAGGGAGCCGACCCCCGAUUUUGCCACCAGGAGGAAGACCCACAUCUGCCAAACCUUUCUCGCCCCCAAGUGGCCCAGGGAGGUUCCCUGUGCCUUCUCCAGGCCACAGAAGCGGACCUCCAGAACCUCAGAGGAACCGAAUGCCUCCCCCGAGGCCCGACGUGGGCGCGAAGCCUGAUAACAUUCCGCCUCCAGUGCCUAAUACUCCAAGACCCGUUCAGUCAAGUCUGCACAACCGGGGGUCCACCCUAGUGCCCGGAGCCCCCAGGCAGCCCAGCCCCGGGCCGACUCCUCCCCCUCUCCCCGGAAACCGAGGGGCUGCUUUCGGGGGAGGCUCCACCCGCCAGACCCCGUCAGGCUCCUCCUCACCCUUCUCCAACCGGCCUCCCCUCCCCCCUACCCCGAGCAGGGCCUUGGAUGACAAACCCCCUCCUCCGCCCCCUCCAGUGGGCAGCAGGCCCUCCAUCCACAGGGAGGCCGUCCCCCCGCCUCCCCCUCAGAACAGCAAGCCCCCGGUGCCCUCCACCCCGCGGCCUUCCCCCUCCGCGCAGGCCCCGCCCCCGCCCCCCAGCCGGCCAGGCCCUCCCCCAGUGCCCCCAGGGUCCAGUGGCGGGGGCGGCGGCGGCGACGAAAUCCCGAGGCUUCCACAGCGGAACCUGUCCCUCUCGUCCUCGUCUUCGUCGUCAUCUGCGCCUCCCUUACCUUCACCUGGGCGGUCGGGACCUCUUCCUCCCCCGCCCAGCGAGAGACCCCCUCCUCCAGUGAGGGACCCACCGGGCAGAUCAGGCCCUCUCCCACCACCUCCUCCAAUGAACAGAAAUGGCAGCACAUCUCGGGCCCUGCCUGCCACCCCUCAGUUGCCAUCCAGGAGUGGAACAGACAGUCCCAGAAGUGGGCCCCGGCCUCCUCUUCCUCCCGACAGGCCUGGCACUGGGGUGCCUCCCCCACCUCCACCAUCGACAUCAAUUAGAAACGGCUUCCAAGACUCUUCGUGUGAAGAUGAGUGGGAAAGCAGAUUCUUCUUCCAUCCGAUUUCUGAUUUGCCACCUCCAGAGCCAUAUGUACCAACAACCAAAAGUUAUCCCAGUAAAUUGGCAAGAAAUGAAAGCCGGAGUGGAUCCAACCGAAGAGAAAGGGGUGCCCCACCCCUUCCUCCUAUCCCGAGGUGAUCCUUGCCUGCUCUUCUCCACCCAAGCCCAAGAGCUCCUUCUGCUGUUGCUGUCCAAGUCGCACACCCUCCUUCUCUUGUUUUCCCUUGUCCCCUUCAUGAUGGCAAUAGGGAAGAAGGGAGGUGAUGUGGGAAUGCAUGUGUGCAGGGUGUGUAUGCAGUAAAGAAAUGCACCUCGCUUUUUAUAUUGUGUAUAUUCUUAAAGCUAUUGCUUGCUUCAGCUAUAGCCUGUUGGCUGCUUUGGGGAUCAGUAUAGGCUUUUGUGGCAAGUAGGCAGCAAUGAAUUGUGUCCCAGCUUUCAACCCAUGAAAUUCAAACAUUCACUGCUUUUUUGCUACAGACCACGAUAUUAAGGUCCCUGAGAGCUGUUUGCUUCCAUGCCUUUUUUGCAUGUUUGGCCUCCUGUUUCCAUGAACCACAGACCACCUAAGCAAGUUGCUUAUAUGAAAUGUUUGCAGUUACAGGCUGUCCAAUCUUUGGCAGUCUUGGACAGAGCUGUCCAAUAGAAAUAUAAUGUGAGCCACAUAUACAAUUUUACAAUUUCUAGUAGCCACAUUAAAAAGGAAAAUAGGUGAAAUUAACUUUAAUAUAUUUUAUUUAACCGACAUCCAAAAUAUCAUUUCAACCUGCAAUCAAUAUAACAAUUUUAAUGAGAUAUUUUAUAUUCUUUUUUUGGUACUAAGUCUUCAAAAUCUGGUAUGUAUUUUACACUUAGAACACAUCUCCAUUCAGACUUGUCACAUUGCAAAUGCUCAACAGCCACACAUGGUUGGUGGCUUCCAUGUUGGACAGCACAGGUCCAGAAGAUAGAGGCUAGUGCAAAAACCUCUUGUUUAAAAAACAAAAAAGCAAGAUGAGCUUUAGCAAUUCAAGAGGUAACUAAAAAUAAAGUUAGGACCCAACACCUUGUUUGGCAAACAGCUUUCCUUAGAUUUUUCUCCCUUAUUUUCCCUCUUCCCUGGAAAUCUGUAUACAGAUGUUGCUUCACAGUACCAAGGUCAGAAAUUGAUAUAAUAGGGUUUACAGUCAUGUGGAAUAAAGCCAUUGGAGAGAAACUGAAAGCCAGUUGGGGCUCUGGGGCUUAGAAGCAGCUGCCUUGAGCUCAUCUGUCGGUUGGCCUCCUGCCUUAUGCAUGGGAAGUGGCUUCAUUCCUCUCCAGCUCAGCGUGCUCCUUAGGGCAGGAGGCUCAUAGGCUCCAUAGUUGUGGGGAAAGUCAGGGAAAGGUAGCAAAUCAGAAAUGUGGAAGAAGGGGACAGUUUUGAGUUGAUGGACAAAACUCUAAAAAUCUAAAUCUGGUGAUUAUGGGGUUGAGAGAAAGAGACUGCUGCAGGAAAUUGGAGGGAACUUGUUUUGAAUUUUUCUGGGAGAAUCAUUUGCCUUGGAUCUAUGCAAAUAAAGCUCCCCCAGAGGACCAUAGGAAUGAGCCAGCCUUGCCCUUUUUGUAUGGUUUUGUUUACAAAACUUUACUGGGACUUUUAAAUCUAGCUAUACACUUGGAAAAAAAGAUUUCCAUUUAGAUGUUUUAUAUGGUUAAUUAUGUUUAAAAUUUACCAUUACUUAUUUUUUUAAAGUUCAUGGCUAUAUAUGUAUAUGUAUAUCUACCUAAAUUUUGUAUUAUGGUUUCAGUGAAUUGUUCAUGUAUUACUGGGAGAUGCUAACAAGAAAUCAAUCCAAAGAAAAAUUUGAAAGAAGCAUUCCUAUUUAUAGAAUAAAUGUUUCAUUUAUAUAGAUGCAAAAGAACUUAGAGUUCUAAUAAUGGGAUGUCUAAUAACUUAUGAAGUUGCCCAUUUGAAUCUGUUGUAUUUUUAUAACUUUCCUUGCCAAAGUCCUGGGCUUAUUAAGUACAUUAGAGAAUUUGGGUUCCCCGCCCACCACCAUUAAUUUGUCUUUCAUACGUUCACUUGGGGGCCUUUACCCAAAGAAAAUCAAGAAACAUAAAGGUGUAACAAGCUUGGCAAAGUAUUUUCAAAAAAAGUUUUUAAUCUCUAAUAUUUUGGUAAUAUAGCAGCAUCAUCUUAUUUUGAAUUCUUUGAUCAGAUAUCAAUAGUUGGUAAAAAUCCCUAUGAUAAAGCCUAAUGACCCACUUCAGAAAAGAUGGAGUUGGGCCUUCCUAGCAAAUAUGGCAGAGAAAAGUCUGACCCAAAGAAAAUGGGUCUGAAUUUUGUAAAGUGUAGUAAGUAUGGCCAAUUUCCUUAUAUAUCCCAAUUUUGCAGAUACCACCCUAAGUUUGAAGCAGGGUCACAGCUCAAAGUUGCUAUUCAUCCAGGAGAGAGAUGUUUUAAAAUGUAUUUUUUAAGUGAAUAUUCCAUUAAUACAUGUACACCCUUUCUUUGAAAGUUAGAAACCUAAUCACAUCCCAAAGUUUGAAUGAGGUUCUAUGCUAAAAUCGUCAACUAUGGCAGAUCACAAAAAUUAAUAGUUACUUCCCUGAAACCAGAGCUUACAUAUGUUUUUUCCCCAUAAAAUUUCCAGAUAAAUGUAUUCAAGAUGCAAUACAGUAUCUUAAUAUUCACAUAUUUUAUAAUGAAAUGUAUUACAGUAUUAAAAUUCAGUGUUCAGUAUUUAUUUCAAUAUGCAUUUUAUUUAGUAAAAACCAAGAAAAAUGUUUAAUCCAGUGGUGCCUUACUUGGUGAUUUGCAAGAAAUUGACUUUUUAUGUCUAAGUAGCAGAUUAUUUGCAUAUUUGUAAGAACUGUUAGGCCUUUAUAGUUUAACUUGUAAUACCAAUUUUAUUAUUUUAGUAGCAGAAAUGUGAUGACUGUUAAAGUGCCCAAAAUUUUCCGGCAUGAAAUUAAUUUUUCCCUAUUUAUAGUCAGGGGCUGUAAAGAAGGAAAAUGUUUUUCAUACCACUGCAUUAUGUAAACAUGCACAUUUUGGUACCUAUGUCAUCAGGGUAGUUUAUAUGGUGGGGGUAGGACCUACCCUAGACAUCUGUGUCUUUGUAAGUUAGCCAGACAAUAAAUAAAUGCAGAAUGAUAAGACUGUCAUCUGGUGGGUUUUAAGUACUCUCUAUACAAAUAUAAAUAAAUGAAAAAGCAAGUGUCUGUUUUCUGCUUUAUACUCUGGUAAAGAAAAACUCAAAAAAAAAGAAGAAGAAGAUCCACAAAGUAAGUAAAUAUUCAGUGCAUCCACUUUCUAAUCCCCUUGAUUUCCUGAGAACUUGCAUUUUAGUCAAAAUCUGUAGUCUGCUUACUUGAGGCAAAUGCUUCUUCUACUCUGAAGUAAAGGAUGGAUGGUGGAAGCAAUGGAAGAUGUAAUUACAAAGAUUAUCACUGACACUGAUAAAUAAGGAAAGGCCAAUGGGAAUUUAGGAGGCCUGAUAGUUUUUCUGUUUUGGGGGGUUUUUUUGGACAAUUACUGUAUUUCUAAAAUUAAAAAAAAAUGAUUUGCAAACUGAACUUAAACAUUUGUAAAAACUGAGAUUCUUAAUUUAUAGCUUCAAUAAAUUCAGUACUAAGCUCUA